CUAGAAACAGAUAAUAUCUUGGGGAGCCCUUGGGCGUAAGGAGAUAUGUGGGAAAGACUUCGGCGGGUAAGCCGUGGGCGCGUAGAUCUUUGGAAAGCCUUUAAUGGAUGUAAGGCUGGUUCCAGUUUCUCGGAUAUAUUUACGAUACCCUGGGAUAAAGAAUGGUAAGGGUGGUUGGCAAUGAAAGUGGCGCGGCAGUCCCGUUGUGUUGCAAGUCUAGUCUCUAUUGUACUGUCGGGUCUGUUUUGCGGGCGUGAGAUCGGGCUGUACUGCGACGUCACAACAAAACAAGCGGGAGAAAAAAAUAUAUAUAAACACGUGAGCGUUAUGGAGCACAGCUUGCAGGGUACACAGGAAUUUCACAAGUGUGGCGGCGUUCAGCUGGGGAAACCAAACAAGACAGUAACAAUGCCAGAAUGACGCUGGAUGGGUGGGCACGAAGGAACGUGUCACGUAAACAAGUACACCGUAUCACAAG